AUGCCUACCGAAUACAAGCGCAAAUGCCCAGAAGGGGCUCGUUGGACCAAAGAGGAGUUGGUUGCGGCUUUACAGGCUAUUGAAAGUGGUGAAAUGGGUAUCAAUCAAGCCUCCCGAAACUUUGGAAUUCCCUUAAGAACAUUGCGUCGCCGACGGGCAAAUAAUAAUACCGAAAAAACAGGCCUAGGACCAUCUUCAAUACUAGGCAAGCACAAUGAGGAAAAGUUGGUAUUGCAUAUUAAAAAAAUACAGUCAAGGGGUUUUGCACCUACACGUGAUGAUGUAAGACAUAUUGCUUACAAAUUUGCUACAGCCCUUGGUAUAGGCCAUAGAUUUAACGUAGACAGUGAGAGAGCGGGUUAUGACUGGCUCAAUUCGUUUCUGAGACGAAAUAGUUCAUUAUCGGUACGAAAAUCUGAAGGCGUGUCUGUUGCUCGGGCAGUGGGAAUGUCAAGACCACGUGUAACGGAGUACUUUGAACUUUUGGUUUCCAUUUUACAGAAAAAUGAUAUCAUGACUAAACCUGGGCACAUAUACAACAUGGAUGAAUCUGGUUUGCAGCUCUGCAAUAAAGCAACACAAGUUAUUGCUACUAAAGGAUUUAAACAGGUCUCUUCUAUAACUUCGGGUGAAAAGGGUGAGACUAUUUUAGUGAUUGCAUGUUGUAAUGCCGAAGGAACAAUUUUACCGCUAGUUUUUAUUAUGAAAGGAAAAAAUAAAAAAGCUGAAUAUGAAGAUGCUAUGCCACCAGGAUCUUAUGUUUACAUGUCUGCAAAAUCAGCCUAUAUAAACUCUAAAAUCAGCGUGGAACAACGUGUGCAAUAA